AUGGUAACAGUGCCGACAAGAGAGGCCAAACCUUCUGGGAUGCUCUGUGUCCCACCAUCUUACUCAGCCCACUUAGCAAUGUCAGGGGGGUUCCUGAGGUGUGGACUGGUUGCCCAGAGAAUUAAGAGAUUUACCCCAAAUCACAUUGCGGGUACAGAUUCUGGCCAGGUUGGCCCCUUAGAACCGAGGACAUACAAGGGAAUCAGACAUGGCCAUACCCUCAACGAGCAUAGGGAGGGGGCGAAGGACAAUCAGAAAGUGCAGGUGUUAGGGCCAAAGUGGGGCCCUGUCAUGGCGGAUCCUCUCCCUGAUUAA